AUGUCCAAGUCGUCCGGUUCCAACGACUUGCGCACCGAGCUGGCCGAGCUCGUCAAACGCAAAUCAGAUAUCGCUGAAACUUUGGCCAAUCUUGAACGUCAAAUUUAUGCAUUUGAAGGAAGUUACUUAGAAGAUACUCAUUUAUACGGUAAUAUCAUUCGUGGUUGGGACAGAUAUCUUACAUCAGCUAAUAAGCUUCCUAAUUCUAAAAAUGAACCGCGUAACAGGAAAUUUAAAGAAGCUGAGCGUCUUUUUUCCAAAUCUUCCAUUACUUCUAUGGCUGCUGUGAGUGGUUUAGUAGAAGCUCAAGAAAAAGCUGAAAUAAACAGUGAAACUGAGUCACAAACAGGAAAUAGUGGUAGUGAAGAUAAUAUGACCAAAGAAAGUGGAAAAUCUAAUAGUUUGACAAAUGGUCCAACCACUCCCAGAAAUCCAUUAGCCUCUGCCAAACGAGCUUCUAGUACAAAAAAAGUUAAGAAUCGAUGA